AGGUCCCCCGCAUCUACUGGGAGCUGUCCACCAAACGGGUCCUUCUGAUGGAGUUUGUGGAUGGCGGCCAGGUCAAUGACAGAGACUACAUGGAGAGGAACAAGAUUGACGUCAACGAGAUCUCAUGCCACCUGGGCAAGAUGUACAGCGAGAUGAUCUUUGUCAAUGGCUUCGUGCACUGUGACCCGCACCCCGGCAACGUGCUGGUGCGGAAGCGCCCAGACACAGGGAAGGCGGAGAUCGUCCUGCUGGACCACGGGCUCUACCAGGUGCUCACAGACGAGUUCCGCCUGGAUUACUGCCACCUCUGGCAGUCGCUGAUCUGGACUGACAUGGAGAAGGUGAAGAAGUACAGCCAGCGCCUGGGAGCCGGGGAGCUCUACCCCUUGUUUGCCUGCAUGCUGACCGCCCGGUCUUGGCACUCGGUCAACAAGGGCAUUGGCCAAGCUUCGGUCACCGCCACAGAGUCUGUCAGUUGGCCAGACCCGUGCAGACUUGCCCACAGCCAGCUUGGACUCCGCCGAGGACCGGCUUGGACUCCGCCGAGGUCCCUGCUCACCACAAGGGACUCCGCCAAGAUUGACCUCAUUCUCCAGUAA